UGCCUGGUGGUUCCGCUAGAGGGCCAGUUUUCCAUUGCUCGCUGACAUGGCUGCCUAAAAAGUGUACCGAGUCCCGUUUUGGACUGCAAAACAAAUUGAUUUUGACAAAGGAUUUCUGUUCUUGUUAUAUAUUUAGACUUACUUAAAUGCAUGGUUUAAGCCGCACGUGACUUUUUAUUAUUCUCGAUGUCUGAAGUGUAAUCUCAGUUCUGUGUUACGAUUGGGAGGAGAGUUUGCCUGUUCGCCAGCAAUGUCCCACACAGGGAUCAAUAGGAGAAAUGGGGCCAUUAAGAUUCGACUCACAAUACUGUGCGCCAAGAAUCUCGCAAAGAAGGAUCUGUUCCGUUUGCCUGACCCAUUUGCCAAAGUCAGUGUUGAGGGAUCGGGCCAAUGUCACAGCACAGACACCUGCAAGUCUUCGUUGGACCCAAAGUGGAACCAGCACUUUGACCUGUACAUUGGCAAGUCAGAUGCGAUAACCAUCAGUGUUUGGAACCACAAGAAGAUUCACAAGAAGGAAGGUGGCGGAUUCCUUGGUUGUGUUCGAAUCAUGUCCAAUGCCAUUCAACGCCUGAAAGACACAGGAUAUCAACGUCUUGACUUGACGCGCGCGAACGCCAACGACACCGAUCAAGUGAAGGGACAAAUAGUUAUUUCCUUGCUGUCUAGAGAACAGCACAAUUCGUCAAGCUGUCACGAGAACAGUGCAACUCCCGUCGUCCAAACCGUUGUGGACGCUCUGGGAAAUGUUGCCAGCCCUGCGUCACCUGCAGGCAUUCAAGAAGCUGCCACGGCUUCAGUCACCUCUCCCCUUCCGCAGGGUUGGGAGGAAAGGAGGACAUCCAGUGGCCGUAGGUAUUACGUGAAUCCGGAAUCGAGAAGUAGUCAAUGGACCAGGCCCAUCGUGGAGAGUAGCAGCGGGGCUCAGGCCAGCAGCAGCGGCGGCAGCUCAGUUUCGGCCAGCAAUGGUCGAGAAAGCAGACGCAGUCACAGUAGCAGAGAACGUGAUAAGCGACAUCCAGCGGUUCCGGUUCAACAAAGUCACAGUCUGGAUGCGGUGUCGUCGUCCAACUCUUCCGGAUCGUCUUUCAGAAGACGAUCUGUCCGCCAUCGGCAACCGCAACAACAACAACAACAGCCAUCAACCCAGCAGCAGCAACAGCAACAGCAGUCGAGACGGCCCUUGGCCAACGAUUUGCCGGAUGGCUACGAAAUGCGUAAAACCGGCCAGGGUCAGGUUUACUUUUAUCACGUGACGACCGGCAUCAGUACGUGGUACGAUCCGCGAAUCCCACGAGACCUCCGCGAUCUUCCCAUGCCCGGCGCUCUGCCCCCUGGCUGGGAAAUGCGUCACACUCCUUCGGGCAGGAUUUAUUUCGUGGACCACAAUAACCGGACGACGCAAUUCACCGACCCUCGUCUCUCUACGGGACUGGCCUUGCAAAAUCUCCUCAAUCUCCACCGGUCAGACCAUCGUGCAGCCCCGUCGCAACCUCAACCGACCCUGCCACCACCCAACGCCGUCGCCACGUCGGAGAAUGGGGCCUGCGCGGCGCCUGUGGCCAAUUCGACGUCCGCCCCACCCCCGAUGGCCACUCCCCUGCCGGACGAGAAACAGGAAGAGGCUCUGCCGCGUUACAAGCGCGACCUGGUCGCCAAAAUUAAAAUCCUGCGGACGGAAUUGCAGACGAUGCAACCGCAAUCCGGACACUGCCGGCUGGAAGUCUCUCGGACUGAAAUUUUCGAGGAGUCGUAUCGGAGCAUCAUGAAGUUGCGCCCGAAGGAUCUCCGCAAAAGAUUGAUGGUGAAAUUCCGCGGCGAGGAAGGGCUGGAUUACGGCGGCGUUGCCCGCGAGUGGCUUCACCUCCUCUCGCAGCAGAUGCUCAACCCGUACUACGGUCUUUUCUGUUACUCACGCGAAGAUAACUACACGUUGCACGUCAACCCCGACAGCAGCGUCAAUCCGGAGCACUUGUCCUACUUCCACUUUGUCGGCCGGAUCAUGGGCUUGGCCGUCUUCCACGGCCACCAUUUGGACGGUGGCUUCACCUUACCUUUUUACAAAAUGCUCCUCAACAAAGCCAUCGUUCUCGAUGACAUCACUCACGUCGAUCCCGAGCUCCACCGCUCCUUGACUUGGAUGCUUGAAAGUGACAUAACCGGAGUGAUCGACACGACUUUCUCGGUCGAGCACAAUGCUUACGGCGCCAUUCAAGUCCACGACCUCAAGCCCGACGGCCGUGAUUUGAUCGUCUCCGAGGAGAACAAACGGGAAUACGUGCGGUUGUACGUGUCCUACCGAUUUAUGAGGGGAAUCGAACAGCAGUUUCUCUCGCUCCAGAAGGGCUUUCACGAGCUGAUUCCGGCCAACCUGCUCCGACCGUUCGACGAGCGGGAACUAGAGCUUCUCAUUGGUGGCAUUUGCAAGAUAGACACGGCCGAUUGGCAGGCCAAUACUCGACUCAAGCACUGCACAGCCGAAACGCCCGUCGUCCAGUGGUUCUGGCAGAUUGUCGAGUCUUACAGCGAGGAACUGAGGGCCAGAUUGUUGCAGUUUGUGACGGGAUCAUCGCGAGUGCCUCUGCAAGGAUUCAAAGCCCUUCAAGGUUCGACUGGGGCGUCCGGCCCGCGCCUCUUCACCAUCCACCUGAUCGACGCUCCUUGUGAAAAUCUACCCAAGGCGCACACAUGCUUCAACCGGCUCGACCUACCGCCCUACCCGUCCUACGAGAAGAUGCAUGAGAAGCUGACGCAGGCCGUCGAAGAGACGUGCGGCUUUGCCGUCGAGUGAUUUAUAUUUUCUCUUUAUUCUUCUUCCCCCUCAAAAAAUCUUUUUUUUCUUUCGAGUCGGCUUUAAAUAUGAAGAAGAAGAAAUAUCGUUUGUUUAUUCCUCCCUUUUUACUCCCACCUUUUUUUCCGUGUUGUUUGGAAAAAUCCCUUCCAUCCACAAGAAUGAAAAAAGUUAACACAACAACAACAAAAAAAAAACACAUUUAAAUCGGUGAUGGGUCCUCUAGCUCAACGCCUUACCCCCCUCCCCCUCUUUACAGCUGGUCACAGCCUGUGUAAAUACGUCAGUGUGUAGUCUAUUCUUCCCUUUUCUGUACCCCUACACCAUCGUAAAAAAAAGAACAAAAAUGUUUUUUUCUUACUUUUUUUUUGUCCAUGGGCCCAUUUUUUCGUGUCACGCUGAAAUUCUCUUACUCGUUGAACUGGACACUAUUGUGACCCGGUUUACCCUUUUCCACACACACACACACACACACACCUAUUGCGUGUAAAAUGUAUUGUACUCUCUCUCUAUUGUAUGUGUGUAUUUCUCUCUUUAUAACCCCCCCAUUGAUAAAACACAAAUUUUUACCCGCCGCUUAUUUUUUCGUACGUCCAUCAUCGUUCCGCCUCUCUCUCUCUCUCGGUUCUCCUGUGAAAACAAAAAAAAAACAGCUUUUGGUGGCUUGUGUGUGUGUGCGCUCGCCCACAAUUCAUUUUUUUUUCCUUUAAGACAUAAUUAUUAAAUGUUAUUUACCCCCCUCCAUCGUCUUCAUCAUUUUUAAAAAACGUCCCUCCCAAAAAAGCAAACAAUCAUCGCGCCAACAUAAAAAGAAGAAAAUCUUUGGUUUUCUUUUGAUGUUUCACACCCCUUUUGAAUACGGACACAUUACAUAUUAUGUCAUCCCGCACAGACACGAAAAGCAUCCGACACAUCCCGCAGCAUUACACAACAACAUAACAAAAAAAGACGAAAAACAAAAAAAACAAAAAUAAGAGAGAAGAUAAAAGAGCCAUUUCAAUAUACAUAUUUUAUGCGACGUCUUCGUCGUCGUCGUGUGAUGAUAUCA